GUUGAAGGGGAGGCUCAUGUGACAGAGUGAAAAAUUGAAAGUCAUCGUUUUGCCAUCAGGAUGAGGCAGUGUUGAAGAGUUCCAGGACCCUGCACGCCGGGAAGGGUUUCCUGCACCUUCAAAAGAGUCAGAUAUUGGACUACUGCCUGCAAGAAUUGUCAACUGAACAAGCAGGAUGGAACUGUGGGCUUGGUAUUUCCUGGGAUGCAUCACUGCAGCAUCUGGACACUGGCAGAAGGACUCCACGCUAGACAGGCACUGGGAGAUUUGGAAGGAAAAAUAUGGCAAGGAAUACCAAAAAGAGGAAGAAGAAGGACGCCGUCGCAUGAUUUGGGAAAAGAAUCUACAGUUCAUCAUGUUGCACAACCUUGAACAGUCAUUGGGUCUGCACUCUUAUGAGCUUGGCAUGAAUCAUUUGGGAGAUAUGACCAGCGAGGAAGUAACUGCUUUGUUGACUGGACUGCGAAUUCCUACCUCACAGAAACAAAAUUCAACAUUUUACAGGCCAAGUCUAGGGGUGGAAGUCCCUGAUACUGUAGACUGGAGGGAGAAAGGAUGUGUUACAGAUGUUAAGAACCAGGGGUCAUGUGGUGCUUGCUGGGCCUUCAGUGCUGUUGGUGCCUUGGAAGGCCAGUUAAAACUCAAAACAGGAAAACUGGUGUCUCUCAGUCCACAGAACCUGGUCGACUGCUCCUCCAUGUAUGGAAACCGCGGAUGUAAUGGAGGUUACAUGACUGCUGCCUUUCAAUAUAUCAUAGAUAAUAAAGGCAUUGAUUCAGAUGCUUCCUACCCAUACAAAGCUCAGGUGGGUGAAUGUCAAUACAAAGCUGCUGAACGGGCUGCGACUUGCUCUAGAUAUAUUAGGAUUCCGGCCGGAGAUGAAGUUUCCUUGAUGAAUGCUGUAGCCAAUGUUGGUCCCAUAUCAGUUGCCAUAGAUGCAAGCCAACCAUCAUUCUUUCUUUUUAAGAAAGGGGUGUAUGAUGAUCCAAAGUGUUCUUCUGAACAUAUAAAUCAUGGAGUCAUUGUAGUUGGAUAUGGGAAAGAGAAUGGGAUAGACUACUGGCUUGUGAAGAACAGUUGGGGUAUAUAUUUUGGUGACCAAGGCUACAUUAAGAUUGCAAGGAACCACGGCAAUCGUUGUGGCAUUGCCAACCAAUGCUCUUAUCCACAAAUUUAGAGUGAAUUUCCCUGUUUGAAAUGGAUUUUUCUCUUCGUUGAAGAAAUAGCCCAUUAAGGCAACUAAUCUUAGGCUUUUCCACCCCAAAAUCAAACUGCUCUGUUUAAGAAGAAUGAUUAGUCUCUGAGGGCAGGAUCUUCCUGUCAGCUCCGCCAGGUAGAUCUGAGGAAAAGCAGCCAAAAUGAUGGUUUAUCCUGCUUUAGCUUGGUCUUUGCUCACCCUCCCAGGGGUGCUGUGAGGCUUAAUCAGUUAAUAAUGUAAUGUCUGUAAAUUCUGCUCUGAACAACUGAAGCUUUAUGUAAUUGCGGAGUAUUAUCAUUGCUGCCACCUCGAAGCCUCUUAGAAGAAAAGGGGGGAAAGUCAACAGAAAAUUGUCUUCCUGAAGUUUACAGUUAUGGAACUGUGAAAUAAACUCAUUUAUACAAGGUG